CUGAACUCUCUUCGGGGAUGGUUCACGAGAUUGCCAAAGGCCUUUUGCACGGAUUCCGGAUUGGUGGCUGCUGAAGGUGAGAAGUGCUGGAAUGGUACCGAGUCCGCAUCUUAUACAAAGCUCCUGGCCAAGGAUGGAUUGGCAAGUCAAGGAAAGAAUCCUGAAUAUCAGGCUGAACGCUUCUUGCCAUACAGAGGUCUUUUCAUUGACGAACGACUUCGCCUGGGAAUGCUCGCGUUUCGCCUACAGAAUGCCCUCCACGGUACCAAUUACACAAACUACCAGAUCGAAGGCAGUGGAAACAAUGAUGAUGAAGAUUAUGCCGAAGGCUCAGGAUCAUUAUCGAUCGUCUCACUACAAUCCACAAAAUCCGACGAUAAAACGCCUGACGUUCUGCCGCACACUUCAUUCGGCACACGACAACUCGUCCCAUUAGCACCUUUGAUAGCAUUAUUACUGUACUUGACACGAAGAUUCUCCUAA